GCAAAAGCUGAAGUUCGCUCCGUUCAUGCAUAUUGUCAUAUUACACACAUUAUUCUGUUUAAACUUCUGGCUAGUAAAUCUUUUACAGCCAGAAAGCCACAGCGAUUGGAAUUAAUUCUGUAAAGAGGACAUUUUUUGCUGGUGAAGUCUUCAUGAUUCAAUCAAAGUUCUUCAAGUCAUACCAGAGGACAGUUUCUCAAGUUCCGGCGCGCAACCGUGUUGAAGACCCGUCCGUAGAAAUCCAAGCCGGAUUUUCCAGGGGCGGUUCAUCGGAAUGCUGGGUAUUUACGCAGGAAGUCGCUUCGGUCAAAAGCUAGUCUUUUUGCGGUGUCGGCAGGAAGGGCGAGGGGAAAUUGCUUGCUUCCCGGUAUCGGAAUGAGUGUCUGCGUGGUCUCGGCUUUCUUGUGUUGCGGGGCUGCCACGUUUCUGCUGCUGAAUUGGCGCAGAAGGAGGACGGUCCAAAGGAAGAUACAAGAGGCGAAGUGGAGGCGGGAGCGCACACUUGAACAAAUGGAAAAGGCUACUCGUAAAUUCAAGGAGCCGAAUCCAGGCCACAAACCAGUGUUGAUACUAUCUUUCACCCUGCCUCAGCUGCUUAGCAAACUCAGGGAUGGCACACUCUCACUUGAGAGUGUCUUCUACGCCUACAUGGACAAGGCCCUGGAUGUAAAUAGAGAGCUCAACUGUGUGACUGAUUAUCUGCAGGAUAGUGAAUCUCAGCUUCUGCAUGUGAAAAGCCAGGGAAAGAAGGGCUUGCUGUAUGGGGUUCCCAUCAGUAUAAAGGACUCUAUUAACUGCAAGGGUCAUGAUUCCACGCUGGGUUUGGUGAAACGUCUCCAUAAACCUGCAACAGCAGAUGCUGUUGUAGUCCAAGUGUUAAAACAGCAAGGAGCAAUUCCAUUUGUCAAAACCAACGUUUGUCAGUCUUUGCUGAACUAUGACUGCAGCAAUUUGAUCUUUGGGCAAACGAUGCAUCCUAUGGAUCACACAAAAACUCCCGGUGGUUCUUCAGGAGGGGAAGGCGCCCUUAUUAAAAGUGGAGGCUCUAUCCUUGGCAUUGGCACUGACAUAGGAGGGAGCACUCGCAUUCCAGCUGCUUUCUGUGGAAUUUGUGGGUUCAAAACCACAAGCAACAGAAUCAGCAAAAGAGGAAUUGUACCCAGCAUUUGUGGGCAAAAGUCAGUUAGUGUGGGAGUAGGACCAAUGGCCAGGGAUGUUGAUGAUCUUGUUCUGUGCCUAAGAGCCCUCCUGUGUGACAAAAUGUUCCAGCUGGACCCCACUGUGGCUCCUCUUCCCUUCAGUGAGGAGGUAUAUUCCAGCUCUCAGUCCCUCCGAAUAGGAUACUAUACCACUGAUUCCUUCACCUUGCCAAGCCCUUCCAUGAAGCGGGCUGUUCUGGAAAUGAAGCACCUUCUAGAGAAGGCUGGCCAUGUGCUGGUGCCCUUCAAGCCCUUACAGAUAGAACAUUUUAUGAGCACCCUUAUUCCAGCAGUGUUCUUUGCAGAUGGUGGUGCCACCUUUCUAGAAAACUUCCAAGGGGAGUUGGUGGAUCCCAGCAUAAAGGAAUUGUUGCUUUUGGCAAAGUUACCUGGUUGGUUAAGAAGCCUCUUAUCCUGGAUCAUCAGAGCAAUAAGUCCUCGUGUGUCAAAACUCCUGAGGAACAUGAAGGAGAAGUCCGUCAAUCAGCUUUGGAAAUUUCACUCUGAAAUUGAGGAAUACCGCCAUGAAUUCAUUGCUGAAUGGAAGAGGCUCAAUCUGGAUGUGAUGCUUUGUCCUGCCCUGGGUCCUGCUUUUAAGAUUGGGUUUCCAGGGAAACUUUCAGUGGGAGCAAGUUACACCAUCUUGUAUAAUGUCUUGGAUUGCCCUGCUGGAGUGGUGCCGGUCACAACAGUGACAGAAAAGGAUGAGGAGGAUCUGAAAACUCUCACGGGCCACUACAAUGAUAUGUGGGACAGGACCAUUGUGAAGGCAGUAGAAGGAGCCAUAGGACUCCCUGUGGCUGUCCAGUGUGUGGCUUUGCCCUGGCAGGAUGAGCUGUGCCUCCGUUUCAUGAAAGAGGUGGAGAAGCUGAGCCGGGAAAAACAAAGAAAUUGCUGAAUUUGGUGUUGCAUAAAGCAAGGCUCUGGGAUCUGGCUCUGUCUUUGAUUAAACAAUUUAAGUGCUUCUUUAUCUCAUGACCAGUAAAAUUGCAGCAAAAGUCACAUGCUUGCUUGUCCCUCUGUGAAUGAUUCCAACAAAGGUUCCUUGCAGUCUGUGAAGCUGCAGCUGCUGUGUUGACACAGCCCCAAAUGGUGAGGUUGGGAGAGUUUGCCUGAAUGUUCUGGAAACUGGGGGAUGAAAUUCUGAACAAAGAGGAAAGAAUGUAAGGAUGUUCUUCACCCCCCCCCAUCCCCCCCGCCGUGCAAUGAAUUUAAAAAAUGAGAGCAGAGUCACUGGCGUGCAAGAGACAGGGUACAAUGGGCCAUUAAUAAGUCACUCAGUAUAGGAAUGGGUUAAUAUUGCAGCUUCCUAAGCAUGCCAGUGAGCUUUGGUUUGGACAGGAGCACCUUUUAGUUUAAGAGUCUGCCUCUCCUUUCUUGGCCACAAUUCAAAGUCCUAAAGGUUGCUUCAAUAGCUCUAGUUUUGGCUGGGAUUUUGAGAGACAUUUUUAUUUAUUUAAAAUGUUUCCAUAUAGAUAAAAGAUCAUGUUAUCAUUUUAUAAAUUUGUGACCUUUUAAAGAAUUAUCAAAUGGGAUUUAUUUUGUUUGUGAAUAAUUGGUGUAUCAUUAAAAUACAAAUACAUGUUUUAAA